CUUCCAUCUGUUGUGCCAAGUGAGGACACAGCAUUUGUCCCCUGGUGACAUCUUGGAAGCAGACAGCAGCCCUCACCAGACACAGAACUGCCAGUGCCUUGUUCAUGGACUUCCCAGACUUGUUUAAAGUUUACUUAUCAUUGGAGUUGCUGUGGAGUUCCUGUCACAAGUGUGGUCACACUGGGAUGGAUUCCUCCUCUUUCUCAGUGACCAGUUUAGACACAGUGGACCCAAAGUUGCAGCAUUUCAUUGAGGUGGAAACUCAGAAGCAGCGCUUCCAGCAGCUGGUACACCAGAUGACUGGACUUUGUUGGGAGAAAUGCAUGGACAAGCCUGGGCCAAAGUUGGACAGUCGAUCUGAGGCCUGUUUUGUGAACUGCGUUGAACGCUUCAUUGAUACGAGCCAAUUCAUCUUGAAUCGACUGGAACAGACCCAGAAAUCCAAGCCAGUCUUCUCAGAAAGCUUUUCUGACUGAUCUCAGCAUUACCUUUUUGGAAAAGGAAGGUAGUUCAAGAAAGGAAGAGCUGUUGAUGGGAUGGUUGAAGAAUUGACUAUGGGGAAUUGGCUCCCUUGCCUUGUGUCACUCAUGGAACAUUUGUCAUCUGAGAAUAAUUGUUUUGUGUGGGGUUUGGGGGUUAUACAUGUAAUUGGUUGUGUUUUUUAAUGUUAAUCUUGUAAAAAUAAUUGACAGAAAACUAUUAGAUGCAUAUUAUUGAAUGUAAGACUGCUUUAUCUCAAGUUUCCCUUAACUGCUAUAAUUUUGAGAGUGGAACUGCUUUCUGUCACUUGAUGUUGGGAUUACAUAGGUAAAAUCUCUAUGUGAAUUUCUUUCACAUUUCUAGGGAGAUCUUUGUGACUGAAAAGACGAACAGUGGCAGAGUAUAAUUUGGCACUUAACUGGGGGCCUCCUUAUCUAGAAUUUAACUACAUGUGCUGGAAAAAAAUCUUUGGAGUGUUCAUACAGUACACUUCAGCUUUCUAGGUUGUGUCCCUCCCUAUGCUAUGAUUUACUUAAAUAGCUAUAUGAAAGUAUGAUCUUAAGGUAGAACAGACAGCCUAAGGAUCUAGAGGCCUUGAAUUAUACAGGAAUCUGGCUGGUAAACAUGAUGCUCAUUACUAGGCAGCCACAGGAAGAAGUAAACUUAUACUGUAUACCAGGAUAAAAACAAAUUCAAAGAUGUGCCUAAAAAAAGUA